CGCACGCUGGUGUUUUGCAGGAGCAUUUUAACAAUUUCCUCUUGUAAACAUCGAAGAACUACAGAAUUAAAAAAAACACAUUUAGAAAUAGACGACAUGGUUCAGACUUCGCACUGGAACGUUUUCUCAAACUCCCAAGGCAGAUUUUACGAGGAGUUCCUAAAGGCAGCAUGAAAGAGAGCGGAGCAAGAAAGCGCGUGUCUGCGUGUGCGCGUGCACCGACGCGGCAGCCGUUGACGUCCCGUCUUUUCUCUCGUCACUGUGUUCGCCGGGAGGUGAAGGAGCCGCUCCCGGUUCCGGGCCUCUACAGACCACCGCCGGUUUAUCAGCGAACGAACGUUCACGUGUCGUCGCUCCGAACCCGACGUCGGCGACUUUUUUUCUCAUUUACCGCAACAGCACUUUCGACCAAACCGACGAAGGGCGGACGCCACUGAGCGGAAGAGCGACGGGAGGCUGCACAUCCGCCGCUUCGCGCCGCGGCCGCACUUUCCGGGCUCUGUUUCGCCCGGAGCUCCGCUCGCGUCGUCUCGGGUGGUUCCGGCGCUGCUUUGGUGACGGUUUCUCCGCGGGAGCCUCGUUUUGAAGUUCGUCCAGCCUGCUGACGGCGGCACCGAACCCGUCUGCGGUCACCGCCGGUGGUCGCACACGAGCCGCGUCCCCGGUGGCUGCUUCCCUUUGUCGCCAGACGACGGCGCGGCUGUGACGGUGACCGCCGGGCUCGUUGUGUGAAUGAUCCAGACGGCGUCUCCAGAAAUGCUGCGUGUGGGGACGUUUGUGGGAGUGAGACGCUGAGUCCGGGUUCGGACAGAAAUGCGGUGGACGUAGACAACUAGUGAGGAUUGAUGAUCUGUGCUGCCUUCACGGACUGUGACAAUGAGGAGCGCAUAGGAAGAGGGGCCGUUUUCUGGUGUGAGUGACAGCCAGGCCCGUCUGGGUUGUUUUCAACGCAGCGUAAGAACCGAGCCGCGGUCCGUUUCGUGUUUUUCCUCCUGGACGGCGAAAAGCACUCAGGGACGAUGUCUUUACGCACGGCGCUGCCCGGAAACGAGCGGAACCCGGACCAUCAUUCCUCCCUGUCGGCCAGCCGCUCAGAGAAGGGAACUGGCUGGUCCAGCCGCUCUCUUGGUGCUCGCUGUCGUAACUCCAUCGCCUUGUGUUCAGACGAGCAGCCCCACAUUGGAAACUACCGGCUGCUCAAAACAAUCGGCAAGGGCAACUUUGCCAAAGUCAAACUGGCACGACACAUAUUGACCGGCAGAGAGGUUGCAAUAAAAAUCAUUGACAAAACCCAGCUCAACCCCACCAGCUUACAGAAGCUGUUCCGGGAGGUUCGCAUAAUGAAGACGCUCAAACAUCCCAACAUAGUGCAGUUGUUUGAGGUGAUCGAGACGGAGAAGACUCUUUACCUGAUUAUGGAAUACGCCAGUGGAGGCGAAGUGUUUGACUACCUCGUGGCUCACGGCAGAAUGAAGGAGAAAGAGGCAAGAGCCAAGUUCCGGCAGAUUGUCUCAGCCGUGCACUACUGUCACAAAAAGAACAUUGUUCACAGAGACUUGAAGGCAGAGAACUUGCUGCUCGAUGCAGACGCCAACAUCAAGAUAGCCGACUUUGGCUUCAGUAACGAGUUCACUGCCGGCAACAAACUGGACACAUUCUGUGGAUCUCCACCUUACGCCGCUCCAGAGCUCUUCCAGGGGAAGAAGUACGACGGUCCAGAGGUGGACAUCUGGAGCCUGGGGGUCAUCCUGUACACGCUGGUCAGCGGGUCUUUGCCUUUCGAUGGACAGAACCUAAAGGAGCUGAGGGAGCGUGUUCUGAGGGGGAAAUACCGCGUCCCCUUCUACAUGUCUACAGACUGUGAGGGAAUCCUGCGCCGCUUCCUGGUCCUCAACCCUGCAAAGCGUUGCUCACUGGAGCAAAUAAUGAAAGACAAGUGGAUCAACGUUGGCUACGAGGCUGACGAACUGAAGCCCCACACAGAGCCUCAGGAGGACUUCAGUGAUACCGGUCGCGUUGAGGUGAUGGUUGGGAUGGGCUUCUCCAGAGACGAGGUCAGAGAUUCUCUGGUCAGUCAAAAAUACAAUGAAGUCAUGGCCACAUACCUGCUACUGGGACACAAGAAUGAGACGGAGGCCACCGAGUCUCGGUCAGGCAGCAGUCUGAGUCUAGCUCGAGUUCGGCCUGGCACCAUCACCAAUGGAGCGAGCAAACACUCCACCUCCUCCUCCUCCUCCUCUGGAGCGCCUUCAUCCUCCUCUGGCCACAAAGCACAGCGCAGCGCCUCGACAUACCACAGACAGAGACGCCACUCGGACUUCUGUGGUCCAUCAGUUCCAAGUACAGCGCACCCGAGGCGGAGCCCCAGUGGCGUAGGCGAAGGGACUGGGCUCAAGGAGGAGCGGCUGUCAGUGCGCAAGCCGAGCACCAGUACCGUUGGCUCCCGAAGCAUCCCAACCCCCUCUAGUCCUAUGGUUAGCUCCGCUCACAACCCCAAUAAGGCCGAGAUACCCGACCGCCGCAAGGAAGCAAACUCCACAACAAACAACAUCCCUGCCAGCGCCAUGACCCGUAGGAACACGUACGUGUGUACGGACCGAACCAGCACCGAUAGACACUCACUGCUGCAAAACGGCAAAGACAACAGUGCAUUGUCCCACCGUCUUCCCCCAGCCUCCCCCUCAACGCAUAGCAUCGCCGGUUCCUCUGGGGUCUCCUCCUCAUCCUCCACACCCUCGUCUCGUCUCUCCAGGGGGUCCACGGUGAGGAGCACUUUCCACGGAGGGCAGAUCAGAGACCGUCGGCCUCCCUCACAUGCUCCACCAGCUUCCCCAACACUGUCCCACGACGCCAGCCCACUGCCCCACGCCCGGACCCGGGCCACCACCAACCUGCUAAGCAAACUAACUUCCAAGUUGACUCGCAGGGUCACUCUUGACCCUUCUAAACGUCAGAGCUCAAACAAGUCCAUGUCGGGCUGCACCCUCCCACAGGGGACAAAAACAGUUAGGAUCUUACACAGCUCUCCACAAGAUGCGAGCAGAUCGUCCUGUUCCUGAUUCCUGGUUGUCUCAUUUCUUCUUCCUCUGUCAUUUUCUGCUCUUCUUACUCUCAUUCUCUCACUUUCACCCCUCUAUGGUUCCUUCAUACUGAUUACACUAUCCGGUCCACAUACUGAAAGCACCAGAACGGUAACAGGCCGGUGGCAUCAGAUGCUACAAACACAAAUUCUUCCCUCAGACAAUUAAGAUGUGGUUAAAAUGUUAAUGAAGGUCUUGCAUAUACUGAUUUAAUAGGAACUCUUACUUAUCGUCUGAGCUCUAACAGGAAGUGCAGAUUUAUGCUGAAUCAUUGUCCGGAUUAUUUUUAUUCAUAAAUGUCAUGGUGUGGUCUUGAGUUUCUCCCAGUGGAUUAGCAGGCAGCUUGCUGUACUUUCAGGGACAUGAUUCAGUCAAUCAGGUGAGGCAGCACGCGUAAAUCAGGAGUCUGGUUUGUAAUAGAACUUUUGUCUAUAGCGACCCCUGGAGGCCACAAUGGGCAAGUGUGAGACUUAAACAAUGUCAAAUAGUAAACUUAAUAAUAAAAAUGGACAGUAGCUGUAGUUUGGAUUUCUGUUUUUGCUCACGUUCCGUCUCAUCUUAUAUGGUUGACCUUUCACCAGCAUCGAUUUUGUAUUUUAGUCACGUCCAUUGCCGCUGCACACACGUUGUUUGUUGAGACCUGAACCCGCUCUGUCUACUUUUGUUUAGCCUGUCAUUUUCACGCUCAUCCAUUGCUCCAGUGUUGUGGGUCUAGGUUCAUGAUGGACCACAUGUGAUACAAGUUUUCAUGUAUUGUGUUGAUUGGCUGACAUUGACCUGCUGCUGUGACAGGGGAGGGGGGCUGGGUUGUUCUGAAGUGGCCGAUUGAUUCCUAACAGACACAUUUUCUUCU